AUUACUACGAUAUUUGUAGAAAGUUUCUGUCGUUGAUCGGUCAGUGGCCUAAUCAGAGUCCGCGUGAGAGAAUGCUUUGCAUGGGUGUUAUCGUUACAUGGCUUAUUACUAUGCUUGCGGCACAGGCAGCGCAGUUUUACGUAUGCGAGACGACACAGUGCAUAUUUGAAACUUUAUCAAUACAUUUAGCUACGUGGAUAUCUUUUGUCAAACUAUUAACUUGUCAUUUCAAUAAUCGAAAAAUUAAAUGUCUCAUAGAACAGUUACACGCGAAUUGGAAUAUUCUCAUUCAAGAGGAACGAGAAAUUAUGAGAAGAUACACAAUAAACGGCAGAUGGUACGCUUUGGCAUACACAUGGUGCAUUUACGUUACUACGGUGGCAUUCGCGGCAAGUAUUCUUUCACCGCGGGUUAUGGACGUUUUAUUUCCUCUGAACGAAUCUCGUCCGAUAGUAUUGCCAUCUCCGGCAUACUACUUCGUCGACGAGACUAAAUACUAUUACUACAUAUUUUUCCAUCUUGAAUUCGGCAGUUUGAUAUGUGUUGCCGGAAUUAUCGCGCACGAUUGCAUUUUCUUAACUUACGUUGAACACGCCUGCGCUCUUUUCGCUAUUGUGGGAUUUAGGUUUGAACAUCUUUUAUACAAGCGCAAUAUUACGAGCAAGAGCCUAAUUAAUAUUUCAGACGAGAUAUAUGUCGAAAACAUUGCGUUUUCCAUUCAAGUUCAUCAAAGAGCUCUGCAGUUUGCCACCCUCCUCGAGAAAACUUUCUCUUCAUCCUUCGCUCUACAAAUCCUAUUUAUUGUGAUCAUCAUGAGUACUAGUCUGAUACAACUCUCGGCGGAACUGCAAGGUGAUGUGAUGGAAUUGAUAAAAUACUUUGUAUAUCUCGUAGCUCAGAUAUUCCAUUUACUAGUUUUCAGUUACCAGGGCCAAAAAUUGAUAAAUCAUAGUCUUGAAACACACGCGAAAAUAUAUAAUGGAUUGUGGUACAACAUACCCGUGAAGUCGCAAAGACUGCUAUUAUUCGCCAUGAGAAAGAGCGCAGAAAUUAUUUCCUUGUCAGCCGGAAAGAUAUAUAUAUUUUGUUUAGAAAGUUUUACUUUGAUCAUGAAAACUUCGGUCUCCUACUUCACAGUAAUGUCAUCCUUCAAUGAGCCGUGACUGAAGACUGAUAAUUGUCACCACACAUUU